AUGACUGCCAACAAAGAAGAUGAUAAGAAGAAAGGGAUUUCAAGUGAAGAUAAAUUGCUAGAAGACACUGGUGUUUAUAGAAGGAUGGUGGGAACAUUUCUAUAUCUGACAGUUACCAGGCCAGAUAUCUCAUUUGCAGGACAAGCAGGUUUGGGAAUUCUAUUGUCUAGCAAACCAUCAAAGAAAAUUAUAGUUCUGUGUGAUGCUGACUGGGCUGCUGGCCCAAACACAAGAAGAUCUGUUUCUGGUUUUCUGAUCAAAUAUGGAGAUUCACUUAUAUCUUGGAAAUCAAAAAAUUAG